AUGUUAAGUUAUGUUUCAGGAUUCUGCUUACCCAUAACAUGCCAUGUGGAUGCAGUUAAGUCGCUUGCUAAUCGCUUCAGUGAUGAAUUUCUGGGCUUCUCUGAAAAAUCUGAGAUAUUGCUGUCCAUAGAGGAUACCAAUUGUCACGGUAGAAACGAGCGUUGGGAGCACUCUAAGCGAUUCUUGAUCAUCGCUACCACAACGAUAAUUCUACUUUUGCUCCUCGCAACAGUGGUGGACAUCUAUGUCGUAAACAAAGAAAGUGGAACUGCUGCCGAGAUUGAAGACAAUGAAUGCACGUUCUCGGGAAGCGAUUUAAACAUGCCUUUUGAUACGUUAGAAAAGGUCAACUGCUUUAAUGCACCAUCACUAGUGUUAACGUACAAGCCUGUGCCCGAUCUCUCGCGUUCACUCGCCAAACCUGCCAUUUUUCUAGAUAUUCGCACGUAUUUCCCUAAAGCAGCUCUAUCGGAAUACUGCAAAGGAUAUACCUUGCUUGAAUGGUCUCAAGGUUAUCAGUAUGUUAUGGGUAAUACUCGGUCAUUCAUCACUGUUCACUCUGCCAUACAUGGACAAUCUCAGCACAUUUCUCCCUGA